AUGCGUUCUACAUCCUUCCUUCUUCUGGGCGUCGCUUCGGCCGCCCCCCACCAAUUCGGCCGUCGCGAUGUUGCCGUGUCUGGCUCUGCUGAGGGAUUCGCCUCGAGUGUAACGGGUGGUGGCAGUGCCACCGCCGUCUAUCCGACCACGACCGACGAGCUCGUUUCGUACCUAGGCGACGACGAGGCUCGCGUCAUCGUUCUGAACCAAGAAUUCGACUUCACCGGCACCGAGGGUACCACGACGUCGUCCGGCUGCUCCCCUUGGGGAACCGGCUCUGCAUGCCAGAUUGCCAUCAACCAGAACGACUGGUGCACCAACUACCAGCCCGACGCUCCCGUCGUUAGCAGCAUCACCUACGACGCGGCGGGUGUGGAGGGUAUCACUGUCGCCUCUGACAAGACCAUCCUUGGUGAGGGCACCAACGGUGUCAUCAAGGGCAAGGGUCUACGCAUGGCCAAUGGCGUGUCCAACAUCAUCAUCCAGAACAUCCACGUCACUGACAUCAACCCUCAAUACGUCUGGGGUGGCGAUGCUAUCACUGUCGACGGUGCCGAUCUGAUCUGGAUCGACCACGUCAAGACAUCCCUCAUUGGUCGACAGCACAUCGUGCUCGGCACGGAGUCUUCAGGCCGCGUCACCAUCUCCAACAACGAGAUCGACGGACAGACCAGCUGGUCAGCCACCUGUGACGGUAACCACUACUGGGCCAUGUACUUCACCGGCUCCAACGACCAGAUCACCAUGAAGGGCAACUACGUGCACCACACCUCCGGCCGCGGCCCCAAGGUCGGCGGAGAAGGCAACACCGCGCUGCACGCCGUCAACAACUACUUCGGCCCGUCCACCGGGCACAACUUCGAAAUCGGUACCGGUGCCUACGUCCUGGCCGAGGGUAACGUGUUUGACGGCGUCCCCUCACCCGUGGAGGACAGCAUUACGGGCCAGCUGUUCACCGCCGAUGAUACGAGCGCCUGCACCUCUGCGCUCGGACGUGCUUGUGUGGCCAACUCCUUGGUCGACUCGGGUACCUUCUCGGGCUCCAGCUCGGGUAUCCUGGCGGAUUUCAACAGCAACGUCGCCGCCGCUGAAUCGACAUCUGAGGUGUCAUCGACUGUGCCUUCCAGCGCUGGAGUUGGCACCAUCUAA